AUCACUGCGGCUCAGUUCAACCGUUCAUGCAUGCCAACUUGCUGGUAUAAAUGUCGGUGAUCAACUUCAAAACCAAUAUCUACGAUUACCUAGAGACGCUUCCGAUCUUCACCUUUCAACGACUAUUCCAGAAACCAGCGACAUGUCUUGCUAUAUUCCGACUGCUCCCAGCCAUUGGCCGGCAGAUCGUCAUGUCCAUUCUAUAUGUUGAGAACCCAAUAUCACUCAAGGAUAUCCAGAGCUGGGUAUACAAGGAUGGUCACAAAAAAUUGCAAGAAGCACUUCACAAACUAUCAAAACUUCACAUUCUAGAAGAGACUCCCGAAAAAGGUCUCAUUGUAAAUAGCACUUUUCGCUUAGAAUUCAAAAACGCGUUAUCCGGAGGAGGUGAGCAUCAGUCCUUUGGGUUACCAUGCGCAACUGUAGACAAACAUAAGGUGGACAUUGCCUUCCUGGAUCACUUUGCAAGUACACAAUGGGAAGCCAUUCUUCAUUAUAUGGUAGGAACGACCAUGACGAAACGUCCAAGUCGAGGAGUAUUGAACCUUUUACAAAAAAGCGAUCUAAUGAACUCAACCGCCUCGGAAUCCGGACUGCACAUCACGAACAAAGGAUUUCAAUUUCUGCUACAAGAUGUUAAUACUCAAGUAUGGGCCUUUUUAUUGCAAUAUUUGGACAUGGCAGAGAUGCUGAAGAUGGACCUUGUGGAGGUGUUGAAUUUUUUGUUCCAAUUGGGUUCUUUAGAGCUGGGCCAGGAUUAUUCGGUUGAAACGUUAACGGAAACACAACAGCAGAUGUUGGAGGAUUUGGGCGAUUAUGGCAUAGUAUAUCGACGAAAGAAAGGAUCACGGCGAUUCUAUCCUACACGACUUGCCACCACACUCACAUCAGGAACGAGUGCAUUAGUUACAUCGUUGUCAAAGAAGGAAACAGGAACGGCUGCUUCUAGUGCAAUGAUAGCCGCAGCGGAGGAGUCCCAUGAUGAAGGCGGAUUCUUGAUCUUGGAGACGAAUUAUCGUGUAUACGCCUAUACAGAGUCCCCUCUUCAAAUUGCUGUUCUCAAUCUGUUCAUACAACUCAAGUCAAGGUUUCCAAACAUGGUAUCCGGCGUCAUCACCCGAGAGAGUGUUCGCAAUGCGUUUUUGAACGGUAUAACAGCUGACCAGAUCAUAUCAUAUCUUCAGACCCAUGCACAUCCACAAAUGCGGAAACGAGCACCUCUAUUGCCUUUGACUGUGGUCGAUCAAAUCCGGUUAUGGGAAAUGGAGCGAAAUCGCGUAGAGGACAAAGCAGCAUAUCUUUACAAGGAUUUCAAUGUGCAAGCUGAUUUCGAUGCCGCGGAAAAGUAUGCCAAAGAUCUCGAUGUACUGCUUUGGUCCAAUAGCAAACAGCGAAAGAUGGUCAUCGCUCAAGAAGCGCACGAAACCUUGAGGACCUAUAUCAAGCGGCGGCUUGCAGGUAAUCGAGAUACUGGAUAAACAUGCUUCAAAAGAGGUGAUAGAACUGAAAAUGUCCUCACUGAUCUAUAUUCUAAUUGUAACUUCGUAUGAUUUUUUUGGCUGUUUUUCAUGUAUAUGCAUGGUAUGGCAUAAAUUAAAAAAAUAGUGUGAGAAAGUGGAAAACAAG